AUGGCUGACGAAAUCAUCAAUAAGGAAACUUCUUCAAAAGAAGGUGACUUUCAAUCCCCGGGCGUGAUUUCCUACAAGCAGUUUGCCACUCUUUUGGACUCUAAAUUACUUAAUAUGAAGUAUUCGCUAGCGAGGGAAAUAAAAACUGAAUUAAACAGUGCCCUGGAGAAAUUUAAGUUGGAUUUCUCAGCGACUACGGAAUUCUUAUCUAAUCAAAUAUGCGAUCUGCAAAAGGAAGUUACUUGCCAUACAACAAAACUCAAGGACCUAGAAACUGAAAACCUAAAUCUAAAAAAAUCUAUCAAUCAACUUCAGCUCGAGUUAAAUUUAAGGGAGCAGGGGAAUUUGAGUAGUGAUUUACAAAUAUCAGGCAUACCGGAAUAUGAAAACGAGUCGUUAACUCAUAUAAUAACUACGGUAGCAGCUAAACUACAGGUAAAUAUUAAUGAACAAGAUAUAGCCACCUCGAUGCGUGUCGGGCCUAAACGCCCUGCCAAUAAUCUAUCGAGUGGAGCGCAUUCCUUUCGCUCCCGACCGAUCGCCGUGCGACUCGCGCGCCGCUCCACUCGCGACGAGCUACUCAAAAACGCGCGCGUUCGGCGCGGCUGUACGUCAGGUGAUCUGGGUUUGCCGUCGCACGAGGUUAGACGUGUUUAUAUCAACGAGAGACUCACAAGGAUUAAUAGACAAAUAUUUACCAAGGCGCGAGAAGCCGCGCGUGCUGCGAGAUGGAGAUUUGUAUGGACUAAAGAUGGCAGAAUUUUCGCUCGACGCGCAGAGUCCAGUGACGUUCAUAUGUUGCAAACUGAAGAAGACAUCGAUAAGAUAUUCAACUGUAAUAAUAUCUCACACGACGCAGAAUAA